AUGAAAAUUUUAAUAACACAUAUAAAUAUAAAUAAAAUAUUAAUUUUACAUCAAAUUCUUAAAUUACAGAAUAAUGUUCUAGGUUUAUUACCUUCCUUUUCUAAUUAUAAGAAGCUUGAAAAUUGGUCACAUCUUGGUUUAGAGGACAUAUGUUCCGCACUAAAAAAUGAUAUUAAAUCUGUCCCGGAUUUUUAUGAUAUUUGUAUGAAUAUUAUUGGAGUUUUAGAAUAUUUGGAAUAUCCAGUUUCUUUUACAUUAUAUGAUAAUAAGAAAUGCACCGUUUUUGCGUUGUGGAUGUAUGAUUACUUAAUUAAAUAUUUUAAGAAUGAUGACAAUUACAGUAAAACUAGAGCAGUUAUUGAAAUAAUGAAUGAACGUUUCUCAAAAUAUUCAGAAAAACUGGGUUGUAAGAUUCCUUCAUACAUUAAUAAUGAGACGCAUGUUGAUAAUUUGAAAAAAUUAUAUGACUAUGCUACAAAUUAUGAUACUAUUUUGCACCAUAUUACUGAUAAGGGAAACAAAUGUAGUCAGGAAUAUUCGAAAUACAUUAAAGAAAGAAUUGACUUAUUAAAAAAAGUAAAGUCAGACUGCUAUGAUAAAUCAGAAAAUCAUUGUGAAGUAUAUAAAAACAUAUUUGGCUCAUCUAUAGAUGAAAAAUUUUUUAGUCUACAAUGCAAUUCCUUAGGUUCUCAAGAAAUAAGUGCAAUCACAGAGACUUCCCAUGUACAAGAAGGGAAGGAACAAAUUACAAACGAUGGAACUACCAAGACAAUUUACUCCAUUCGGAAGUUGGAUAAAAAAUCUAUUAAGAGGAAAUGUAAAAACUUCGCAUAA